AUGAUAAGUCAUAAUAAUGACUUUGCAGGAUUAAAUAGUUUAAGAACAAAAAAUAUAAGCGAAAUUUCAGAAUUAAUUAAAGAGGCUAAAGAAAAUAAGAAAAAUUUAAAUAUUGAUUGUAAUGAAGGGGAAAAUAUAGAACAUUUAAAGAUUUUUGCUGAAAAUCAAGGAAAUUGUUUUAGUAUAUGUAAAAAUAAUUUAAUUAAAAGAUUUGAAAAAGAUAUAGAAGAGUAUAAAAAUUUUAGUUAUAAGAAUAAUAUUAAUAUCAAUGAAGAAAAUAUAAAAAAAUUGGAAAGUGAUUAUAAAUAUUUAGAAAAUCAGUUUUGCUUUUAUGUUUGUUCAAAAAAAUACUUUCAUUUACUUCAGGACAACAAAUAA